AUGGAUCACUUCUUGCUGGAAUCAGAGGUCUCCCUCCCCGGGCCAAGCCUGCCCACCCCCGUUGCAGUCUACAAGCACCGCGCAACAAGCAUGCGCUUCGUAUUCGUCUCUAUCCCCGGUCCUCAAGCAACUGCCACCAUUAUCGUCCCCACCGUCGUCAAGGAUUCCAGGGGUCUCCCCCAUACCCUCGAGCACUACGACCAGUAUGUCACAGAGGUGUAUCAUGUCGAUGGCGAGGGCAAGCAGCAGGGAGUCGUCUUUUCAGAAAUGGCCGCCAGAGAGAACUCAGAGGCUGAUCUUCUGGAUCUUGCAUUGAGGAGGCUCCUGUACCCAGACUCACAGACAUACUACUACGAAUGCGGGGGAUUGACGGCCGAAAUCCCAAAGAUGACCAAUGACGACAUUCGGGAAUAUCACGAAAAGUUCUACCACCCUUCCAACAUGACCAUCGUCGUCGCAGGAGACAGUCUACAGCCCGAAAGGAUCUUUGAUAUCUUGAUCCAACAAAAUAUUCUCAACGGCGUCAAGACAGAGGUUUUUGACAUUACACAGGAGAUGGAUCUUUCUCUGGGUCGUGGAAAUGCGCCCAUCAUGUCAAAGGAGACGAAGCUUACAUCGAGGACUAUUCGGUUCCCCUCAGCGGAUGAGGACGUUGGGUCGAUUGGAUAUGCGUGGUUGGGUCCCAACUUGCACGAUAUCAGGACGAUGGUCGCGCUGGAUAUUCUUUUCAGGUGUUUGCAUGAGACCUCUGCAUCACUGUUCUCACAGGCGUUUGUGGAGCGGAGGAACCCUAUUGCCAGUCAUGUCGAUUUUGACGUGAAGGGGUGCAUGGAUUCGUCGCUUUUGCUGCUCUUCUCUGGAGUGCCCAUCCGGUCAAAGGCCAAGUCUGGAAAGAGCAAGAACGGUGAAGGGGAGAGUGGACCCAUGUCGGAUGGUGAGGAGCAGGGCGAAAGGGAUGAGAGUGACGAUCAAGGUGACGACAGCGAAGGCGACCAGUCAGACGAUGAAGAAGAGGAUGAUGACGAGGGUGAGGAUUCAGAGAGUGACGAGGAUGACGACGAAAAGGAAUCGGAAGGUGCAAACGAUGAUGCAGAAGAAUCGCAGGACUUGUUCGAGCCAGGAUAUUUCCACAGCUUGGUCCUGAAGGUGCUGGACGACUUUGUCAACAACGGCCUCUCCGACCCAACAGAGAUGAGCCGCAUUAUCGCCAGACACCGAACAAAAAUCUACGAAUCGAUCGAGGAUGACCCUCAUGAGGCUGCAACAUCGUAUUUGGUUCCUGACAUCUUGGCACACGCAUAUCUGGAAAAGGACAAGACCAAGCCCGCGUCGAUUGGUACUCGAUCCAACAUUUUUUCGAUUAUCGACGAGAUGGAGACAAUGCAGCCACAGUUCUGGAGGGAUCUUGCCCGGACAUGGUUGCUGGAGCCGUCGAUGGUGGAAGUCCAGAUGAUCCCCAACAGCCAGCUUGGAAAGGUGAUCAAGGCAACUGUCUCUCAGAAUCACAAGGAUCUCGUGGAGUCGUUUGGAGUUGAGGGUUUGGCCAAGCAAGGAGUCAUAGUGACGGAGGCUGUUGAGGCCAACAAGGUUAAUAUGACACCCGAGAUCAUUGCGACCAUGCCACCUAUCUCUGAUACUUCUCAGGUCCCCACCAUUCCUAUCGAGUCGAGCUAUGUUGUCACGGGCAGUCAAGGACAGGACGAGUCACGGCCCUUCAAGGUUGUUCAGGUGGUCGAGACCAACACAUUCUUUUCUCAUGUCAAGCUUUGUCUGCCCCUGACACAUCUGGACGAAGACCUUCGACCUUACUUGGUCCUUUUCCAGGAGCUGGUCUUCCAGUCAUCAUGUGCGAUCCCCAAGUAUGCAGGCGAGGAGGGCUCGGAGGAGAUUGUGUUUGAGAACUUGGACUACCAGUCUGUUGUCACAUUGGUCUCCAACACCUUUGUGUCACACGAGGCUGCCGUCGGCUUCGGAAACGAUAUCUUUGCUUGCUCAUGGCUAUCGGAGCUGUUUAUCCUGGCUUGUUCCGCCGAGCGGUCCAAGUUCAAGGAGCAGUGCCAGCUUCUUCUCCGGGUCCUGAUGUUCACAGAGUUCACGGAGGACCGGAUCCUGACUGUUGCCAAGAACUUGCUGACCCAAAUCAUGGAGCUCAAGCGAGAUGGCGCAGAUAUGUUGGCCAUGGUCAGCACUCGGAUGACGACACCUGUUCGUGGGUACGAGCUGUCCACCAGAUACUGCCGCAAGGUGGAUAUGACCCCUCGACCCAAGGCCAACCCUGCGCAGUUGGAAUCGACAAUACCUAUCCUUGGCAACGACAUGGCAAUCUCGGCCUUCCGCCAGGAACCGUUCCUGAAAAGGAUUGUUCAGGAGCUCAAGUUAAAGACAGACCAAGUGCCCAAAAUCCUUUCUCGACUCGAGAGGAUCAAGCAGGCGAUGUUGCAGUCGAUUUCGGAGGUGAUAUUGAACUCCAAGAGGAACGGCAACACUGAGGCUGCGGGCUUUGCGCAGAUCGGCGUUCCUAUCGGGUUUGGAGCAGAGGUGGACCCUGUCAAGAUGUUGACUGAGAUCUGGGAUCAGGAGCAUGCGCUUUACCAGGCCACAUCUGGGGUCUCUCUUGCUUACUCGGCCGCAGCGUUGAACUCCAAGAAGAGAAAGCCCUCUGAGCCCUUUCAUCAGCAACAGGAUCAACCCAGCAUCAGGAUCUCCAAGGACGAGGUCGAGGCGACGGUUAAGACCUCCAACCUGACCUUGAACGACGGCACUCAACCUACCGAUAGAUCGACAAAUAAGGGUCUCAACCCUUUCCCGUUCCCAAGAACACCUUACCGACCACUCGCUGCUAGCAAUGGCGUCAAGGCACCCAAUAGCGUGCUAAUCCCAUCCAAAUCGAUCACAUCCUCCUACUUGGUGUCGAUUGUUCCUUGUGACAUUGUCUACCACCCUGAGAAAGCGACUGAGGAAAACCAUUUGGAUCAACACGCCACCCUCUUGCUGUGCGAGAUCCUCUCUCGCAGCGAGGGUCCUCUCUACUCGGCUAUCCGAGGUCAGGGUUACGCGUAUGGAUGUUCAAUCUCGGUGUAUCUUUGGACGGCCCAGAUGGCGUUUGAGAUCCGAGAUGCCAUGGAUCCUGUCAAGGCCUAUGAUGCCUUCUUAGAUAUCAUUCGUCGUAUGGACACAGAGUGGGAAGAGACUGUUGGAGGCCAGUUUGAGAUUGAGACUGCAAUGGCUUCUCAGGCUUACCAGACUUGUAUGGAGCGUGCUACUGCUGGUGGUGCCCUCUCCUGGGUCCUCCGCGGCGCUGUCCGGGGAUAUACUUCAUUGGAUGAGCUGUCCAAAACGGGCAACUAUCUCAACAAGGUCACCGUUGACGAUUUGAAGAGAGUCUACAACAAGUACUUCAAGCAAUUCCUAAACGGACGCGACGGACUGACAACAGUGUUGUUGACACCCCCAUCGCCUCCCGAGUCGAUCAAGUCCCACUUUGCGCAGUAUGGAAUCAACUUCCAGGAGGCAGCCCUUCAGGAUUUCGAAAUCGAACCCACUUACGACUUUCUCCCCAGUUCGAGCGCGCCUUCGUCAAGGAUUAUCUCACCUGCUGGAACCACGCCUGGGUCGCCUCUUUCUUCGUCUAGUUCUUCUGUUGCCUAA